CCCACCUCCUCGUGGCCUCACUCAUCACACUCCUUCCACUGUCCACAAUCGCAGAGCAGGUGGUGAAGGAACCAGAGGGUGAGCCCAGCUGCGGCCGUGGGGGGAGAGGUCAAUCAGCGAGUCCUGUAGCAAGGAGCUAAGGGGGCAUGGCGGACUGGGCGCCGGUGUUCAUCGGGCUGGUGCUCUUCAUCCUCCUCUCGCCGGGGCUGCUCUUCCAGAUCCCCGGCAAGGGCAGGAUGGUGGAGUUCGGCAACUUCCAGACAAGCGGCAUCUCCAUCCUCGUCCACGCCGUCAUCUACUUCGCCCUCAUCGCCAUCCUCAUCCUCGCCGUCAACGUCCACGUCUUCCUCGGCUGACCACAGGACGCCGCUAGCUGCUUCCUCCUCGUCGCUCAACAGUUAGGUAUCGUGGUCGUGGAGGAUCGAGAGGAAUGCCCAGUCACUGUCGCGUUCAUCUUCAGGCUUCCUGAUGGCUUAGCUUCUAGGGGCGCAGGGAGGCAAAGUAUGAUGUCCAUCGGGCAGUUUAGUUGAUGAUUUGAUAUUUUAUCAGGAAUGUAUAGCUCCAACUCUUAUGUGCGCUGUUUCGUCUGGUGGUAACUGAGAAUCAAUUGCAAACUGAACUAUGUUUAGGAAUCUCAUCUUCAGAGAGAAAGCGUAUAUGGGCAUUCCACAUGAUGAACUUCAAUCA